AUGGAUGUAGUGAUCUGUCUCAGUACUACAGUGAGGAAUGACACUCUGCAGGACGUCAAGGAGCAGCGUGUCUCUCUCAAGUGUCGGAAACAACUCAGAGUAGAGGAGCUGGAGAUGUCAGAGGACAUUCGUCUGGAACCGGAGUUGUAUGACGUGUGUAAGACCGACAUGGGGCGGCUCUGCUCCAACGUGGUUUUCGGUAACGCUCAGAUGAUAGAGUGUUUAAAGGAGAGGAAGAAGCAGCUGUCUCAGCAGUGUCACCAGAGGGUGUUUAAACUACAGGAGGGAGAGAUGCUGGAUCCAGAACUGGACUACCAGCUCAUGAGGGUCUGCAAGCAGAUGAUUAAGCGGUUCUGUACAGAUGUGGAUGCUAAGAACAUGCUGCAGUGUCUGAAACAGAACAAGAACUCUGAACUGAUGGAUCCCAAGUGUAAACAGAUGAUCACCAAGAGACAGAUCACACAGAACACAGACUACAGGUUGAACCCAAUAUUGAGAAAGGCCUGUAAGGCAGACAUCCCUAAAUUCUGUCAGCCAAUCCUGAACAAGGCCAGUGAUGACAGUGAACUGGAGGGCCAGGUGAUUGGUUGCCUGAAGCUGAAAUACGCCGACCAGCGUCUGUCUCCAGACUGUGAGGACCAGAUCAGAGUGAUUCUGCAGGAGUCGGCGCUGGACUACAGACUGGACCCCCAGCUACAGAUCCACUGUGCUGAGGAG